AUGGUGAAGCAGAACGGAAAGUCGAGCAGCUCGAAAAAGGCUGGAGGCGGCGGUGGUGGCAACAGCAGUGCCGGCAUGUCGAUGCUCAAUGCGAAGGGACCGUCGAAGAGCAAUCCGUGGAGUGAGGACCAAAUUCUGGCCGGCAUGGACGCAAAUCUGCAGCACAGCUCUGCGCAGGCAGUGCAGAGUCUGCCGGGCGUGCUCGCCGACGAUGAGAUCCUUGCGGCGAUUCUCAAGCCUCACCUGAACGGCCCCAUCCAGCUGGGUCAGCUGGAGAAUGUGACUCCGCUGAAGGUGUCCUACGGGGGCACCUCCACCGAGCAGCCGUCCGGCGGGGGCGGCAACCUGGUCAAGCAGAAGGUGCACAAGAAUCAACAGGUCGAGUACGACCGCUCCAAGGGCUUCGUCUCCACCAGCUGGGCCAACUUUCUGAUGGACCCGGACAAGGCGAAGGAGUCGCCGCUGACUACCCAAAAGGAGGGCCUCUUCAUUCGCCACGUCACCUCUACGGUGCUCAAUCCCAGUGGCAAGGCUGGCAAAGGUGGUGGUGGUGGUGGUGCUCCGCCCUCUGUCAACAUCGACAGUGUCUCCUACACGAGCGGCAGUCUGAUGAGCAACACCUGGACCAAUGUGCUUAUGUACACCCCCAAGGAGCAGGUCUUCAAGAUGGACGCGGCCACGGGCAAGUACAAGCCAGCAGAGGGUGGCAGCACCCAGAAGAAGAAGCCCGCCUCGGCUCGCCCCGCAGCUGCUGCCAGCUCCACCUCGGCCAGUUCCACCUCAGCCAGCUCCACCUCCACCUCAACUUCGAUGAAGAAUGAGCCCUCGAAGAGCAUGAAGGUAGGCAGCUCUGCUCGUCCAAGCUCGGCUCGUUCGGCGAAGAAGGAGCCAUCGACGAGCGUCACAUCGGGCUUUUCUCGCUCCACCUCUGCCGCCUCUAUCAAGAAGCAGCCUUCCAAGAGCGUCAAGCUGGGCAGCUCUGCUCGCCCAUCCUCGGCUCGUUCGGUGAAGAAGGAGCCCUCGAAGAGCGUCAAGGUGGCCCCUUCUGCUUCUUCCGCUAGCACUUCUGCUGGGAAGAAGGAGAACUCAAAGAGCGUCAAGGUGGGCGCUUCUGCCUCUUCGGCUAGCACUUCUGCCGGAAAGAAGGAGCCCUCAAAGAGCGUCAAAGUUGGCCCUGCUGCCUCUUCUGCUAGCACUUCGGCUGGGAAAAAGGAGAACUCGAAGAGCGUCAAAAAAGGCGCCAAGCCCAAAAGUGUGGCCAAGAAGAAGAAGUAG